AUGGGGACGUCGCCCGCAAUUACUCGUCAGCACUGGUAUGAUUGUCGGCAUAUUCUGUAUCAAACAAUCAAUGCCACAAACGUCUACACUGCCGCCCACGGCACGCUCCUCGCGAAGUUCUCCUUGGCCUCCAACAAGGCCGAGAUCGCAUUUGUCUUCCUUUUUGGGUUCUUGAUAUCCACUGGUUGCACGCCUCUUCAAUCCCUAUAUCCCGUAGAAGUUUUGCGCUGUGAGUCUCGAGCGAAAGGAAUGGAUCUCUACAACUUCUGGGUGAAUAUCGCAUCAUUCUACAACACAUUCGUAAUAGGGAUUGCGUUCACGGAUGCGGGGUGGAGAUAUUAUUUCUUGUACAUCUUCUGGGAUAUCUUCGAGUUUGUAUUCAUUUACUUCUUUUUUGUCGAGACGAAGAAUCGAACCUUGGAGGAGCUGACGGAGAUUUUCACGGCUAAAAAACCGGUUGAGUUCUCCUUGCGGAAGAAGACCGAGAUUGGGAUCAUUUCAGACGAGAAGGGACAUGUUGUUCUUAAACAGAUUGAAAAUUCUCAUUCGAAUGUUUGA